AUAUUUGUUCCACAUGUAUAUACUUACAAAUAAAAAUAUGCCUCAAAAAUAGUUAAAAACCUUUCAUUAAGACGGAUAUUAGCUCGUGAUGCUUAUCCAGCUUGAUUAGUUUGGACUGCGGACGCAGACAUGCAGAAAACUGCGUUUCACUGAAAACUAAACGCUGUUUGGUUUCUUUUUAUUCUCCAAAAAUAAACUCCGUAUAAGCCAGCAGUGAUGCUGCCGCUGAAGGAGAAGGACAAACCUAUCGUUCAGAAGCUUUUGUCAGCCGGCUGCUGCGCUCGCUGUGUCCUCAGGUUCUGCUGUGUGAGCGUCCAGGCUGCUUAUCGACAAGCACAGCAUGAGACUCUUAAAGAGCUUCAGACUUUUAUUAUGGAGAAGGAAAACAACAAAGUACAGGAUUCAGCAGACAUCAAGCCCCAUGAUACUGAGUCGUCUCAAACUGUUGAAGACCCUCCCUGUAAAAGGGCCAAACUGGAUCCCACAGAGGCGGUUCAGUCAGAAACAGACGAUGCUGCCAUGGUAACACUGAAGAAGGAGGAGUCAAGUGUGUGUGCCUUAUGUUUGGGAAUCCUGCAAGAUUUGUGUGGCCCAGAUCAGGCAAUAAAGAUUGUUGAAACAGUGAAGGCCCAAAACUACGAGUUUGACACCCUUGUGUUGUCCGUCUCUCUGCCAGCUCAGCUCUGUGUGCGUGAGCACUCCUGUUGGCUCCAUGUGAAGAAGGAAGUCAGACAGAAAGGUUUAGUGCUCGAUAAAGAUGAUGUCAUCCAGGUGAAGGAGGCCUUCAAGUGGAUCAUGCAGGGUCUGGUCACAAAACAGCUGGAGGGUGUGGCUGUGGUUAGCAAGAGUCCGUUUGAGGUCGGUGUGGAGUUCACUCAUCCAGACACAGAAUCUGACUGCCACUUCCUAGCCAAAUGCUGUCCUGACUGCUUCAAACCCACCAAGAACAAACAGUCGGUGUUUACCCGCAUGGCUGUGGUCAAAGCUCUGGAGAAGAUAUCAGAUGUGAAGUUUUUAGAGCAUUACCCCUGUCCACCAUCAGAGCCGAGCGGCAGCUGCACCCCUCAGGACAUCCAGUGUCUUCACAUCUCUGUCUUCAUAGCAGGGAGGUACAACAAGUUCUGCCGCAACCUGCCUCAGACUCCCUGGGUGAUCGAUGGGGAGAGGAGGAUGGAGUCUUCCGUGGAGGAACUGAUCGCCGCACCGAUCCUGUCUGCAUUCAGGGCUGACGGAUUUAAUUUCUCCUCCUCGGGCAGAGAGGAUGUGGAUGUCCGAACGCUUGGAAAUGGUCGUCCAUUUGCCAUGGAGCUGCUGAACCCACACAGAUCUCGGUUCAGCAAAGUGGAAAUGAAGCAGCUGCAGGAGAUGAUAAACAAAUCCUCAGAUAAAAUCAGAGUGAGAGAUUUGCAGAUUGUAACCAGAGAAGCCAUGAGUCGGAUGAAGGAGGGAGAAGAAGAAAAGACAAAGUCUUACACGGCGCUGGUCUGGACUCAGAAAUCCAUCGAGAAUGAAGACAUUUCCUUCAUUAACGACAUCAAGGAUCUGACUCUGGAUCAGAAGACUCCCCUGAGGGUUUUGCACCGGCGGGCAUUGGCGAUCCGGCAGAGGGUCAUCCACAGCAUGAACGUCCGCUUCGUGGAUUCACAUCACUUCUACCUCGGAUUGAAAACUCAGGCUGGGACCUACAUCAAGGAGUUUGUCCAUGGAGAUUUCGGGCGCACUAAACCGAAUCUUUGUCUGCUGCUGAAGACCGACACGGACAUCCUGGAGCUGGACGUGGAGUCGGUGGAUGUGGACUGGCCUCCACCCAUACCAGAGUGAAGGAUCCCCUUUCUGAUCCAGAGAGGGCGCGGCUUUGACUGGUUCUGCACUGACUGGUUCCUGUGGGUGCUGCUGGAAGAUCUGGAACUGGAAACCUGGCGUCUAUCUGCUCAGCUCUGGAUGAGCUUUUCUGCUUGAGUUGACAUCGCAUAUGAACGUAUCUUCAGUUUGAUUACAUUAUGUAUUUAACAGCCCUGUCUGGUUCUGUUGUCAUAUAUAUUUAAGUUGGGUCAAUUUUUGUAACCGAGUCCAUUUAAGGAUGUAAUAAAGAUCCUGGUCUAACUGUGACAGGUACACUAUCAAAAUGUCUUCCAUUACUUUUGCUUUAAAAUGAAUUUGUUUUGUUCAUAUAUCAUUUAAAAAAAGCGGCACCUACGACUCCUUCAGCGUAGUCAUGGUAACCUGGUGUCGCUGCCACCAAUUGGCUGGACCUCUGUCGAAUUAGGUCAGUCACUUCAAAGGCGGUGGAAAUUUAUGCAAUCAGGUAUUUUAUGUUUUGGUCACUAUUUUGUAGAAAUCAGUUUUCACUUUAAUGUUAAAAGGGAUUUUUUAAAAAGCGAUAAAAUGGUAAAACGUCCAACAGGGUGAAUACUUUUUAUAAGCACCAUGUGAAGCUACUGCAAAGCUGAUCACUUCCUUAAAAAAUUCAUGUAGUUUUAGCCAAACAGAUCAAAUAUUUACACAACCUAAUAUCUUUGUUUGACAUUUAUUUUAGAUUAUUCAACCCUGAAGUUCACCUACUUGAAGAUUUAUUUCUGUAAUUUAGGAACGUGGCGUCCAAACCUUUUAAAGCCUUGGGCGACAAACUUGGUAAAUUUAAACUACUGGAGAGAUACAACAUUUAUUAAACUAAAAAUACAACAAUUAGCUUACUAUGAUUUUUGUUAAAACGCUGAACGAUAAACCAAAUUUUUAUGAAAUCUGUAUAUUAUUAAAAAUCCAAAUCAAAUUAACUUUGGACUGUAAAAAAAAAAUAUUUCCAGAUUUUUGGGGUCAUCAAUUGUUUUCCAUUUUGCUGGCCAAAUUGUACAGUUUUUGACUUGUUGUCAGGGACCUAAACAGAUCAUUCCAUGGGCCACAAAUGGCCCCCAGUCCACACUUUGGACACCCCUGCUCUGAAUCAAUAACAUCUUCAUGAUUUCAAAUGUGUGUUAUUUUUUUCACCUACAUGUAUCUUUUGUUCUGCUUUUAUGGAGGAAAAACACUAAUAAACAAAUAAUCUUAUUUUUGUCUGCUGGGUAUGGACAAAGGUUUUCCCAAAUAAAGAAGUCACAACUACAAAAGAAAAACCUGAAAUGUAUUUCUUUUAAUUUAAUUCAAAAUAAAUACUAACACGGCAAUGCAAGUCCACUACUGGGUUCUUGCCCUAAUGUUUUGGUAAGAAAACAAACAAGCAAAUGAUCCCAAAAAUAGAAGAAAAAAAAAAAUCAGUUAAUCCAUCAUCACCUUUCAGAGACUUUGAAGACGUGCCUGUUUUUCUUUUUCAAUUUCUUUUCUUUUUUUUUCUUUUUACAACAUACAAGAUAACACUGUGUAGAAUGACAAAUAUAAAUAAAACAAACACUACGGUACAAAAAAUGGGAGAGAAAGGAGCAAGGAUCGGUGAGUUUGCAACAACCUGAUCAAACCACCAUUGUUAAAAAAAAAAAGAAAAGAA